UUGACUUUCUCUCUCUCUCUCUCUCAUCAAGAGAAAGAACAGGGAGGAUGCUCAACAUGCUUCAUUAGUGUUAGCGUGAGGUGCGACUUCCAACGGGCACUCAUGGUGGAGAGGGAGAGAAAUGAGGGAGAUGCGAAGGCCCUGAGCGCCGGGCCGCUGCCGCAGGAAGGAGUCCCCGACAAGACGGAGGGCGAGAGGGGCAAGGAAGAAAGAGACGGGGAAGAUGACCGGAAGGAGCAGCAAGAGGAGGAGGAGAAGUGGUCCGAGAUAAGGCUGGCCGUCGAGGAGCUGUCCCCGCCGGCCAAGCUCAAGCACGGCGGCGGCAUGCCGGCCGCCUCGCCGCCGCCCACCCUGCCAUUCCUGGGCCUGUCUCACCUGCUCCUCCGAGUACUCGAUAAGAUCGGCCCGACCAUGGCUGUGCUGAGGCUCGACGUCCAACGCAACAUCGAGAGGCUGCAGGAGUUAUACUUGUUGGACCCACCCAAGUAUUCUACUCUAACGGAGAUAGUGGAGAAGGAGGUCAAGGAGGGCACUGCAAGGAAGGUCGAUAGCUGCGCAAGAGCUGUUCUGUGGCUUACUAGAUCCAUGGAUUUCACUAUUACACUAUUACAGAGACUGGAGGACUCUGAUCAGCAGAGCCUUGCACAGCUUGUCGAAGCUGCAUACACGGUCACUCUGAAGCCAUGGCAUGGCUGGAUAUCUUCGGCAGCAUAUAAAAUAGCAAUGAAGCUGAUUCCUGAGAGGAAGAUCUUCACCAGCAUGCUCGUAGGGAUGGGCCAAGACGGCACUGGCCUGAAGGAUGAGAUUGAAAAGCUAGCAUUGUUGCUUCAGCCCCUUCUUGAUGACAUCCACUCCAUGAUGGCCAAGUUCAGGCUGGACAAGCUCAAGUCGACAUGACGGCAAACCGAAGUCAUCUUCCCGUUCUGUGAAUAUUGCCCUGGUUCAGUUUGCCUGUGCUGUAAAGGUUUAUUUCCGUCCGUUUUUUAGCUGUUGUUCUAGGUAGGCCCACCACUGUACAUAGGUCUUCUCGUAGAGUAGACGGUAAGAUCUGCAGUGCCCCUGCUGUACAAGUUACUGUCUAGGCGGGCUAUGUAAGCUCCUCACUGUAAUUUUUGCCAUAGUCUGUACUCAGCCGGCCAGAUUCUUUCUUCUAAUUAAUAGGGGAAAAAUAAAAAACUCCUAAAAAUUC